AUGGCCUUCAAAAACAAAUCCUCAUAUAUCGCCCUAGGCUGCGAAGGCUCCGCCAACAAGCUCGGCAUUGGCGUCAUUCUUCACACACCCACCGACACUAAGAUCCUCUCCAACCUUCGCGACACCUUCGUCUCACCUCCCGGUACUGGCUUUCUCCCCAAGGACACUGCCGCCCAUCACCGCGCCCACUUCGUCCGUCUCGCCCGCGAAGCCCUCGCCGAAGCGCGCAUCACACCUUCUGAUGUCGACUGUAUCUGCUACACAAAAGGGCCGGGGAUGGGUGCCCCGUUGAAUUCUGUCGCUGUUGCGGCUAGAGCAUUGAGUUUGCUUUGGGAUAGACCGCUGGUGGGUGUGAAUCACUGUGUCGGACAUAUCGAAAUGGGAAGAUACAUCACCGGUGCAGAGAACCCGGUCGUGCUAUAUGUUUCGGGUGGUAACUCCCAGGUCAUUGCGUAUGCGGAGCAGCGAUACAGGAUAUUCGGCGAGACGCUCGAUAUAGCUGUUGGAAACUGCCUCGAUCGCUUCGCCCGCACGCUCGAGAUUAGCAACGACCCUGCGCCAGGCUACAAUAUCGAACAGCUUGCCAAAAAGGGAAGCAAACUACUCGAUAUUCCCUAUGCCGUCAAGGGCAUGGACUGUUCUUUCUCCGGCAUUCUAGCCUCCGCAGACGCUCUCGCCGCACAAAUGAAGUCCGGUGCAGACUUCACGCCCGAAGAUUUGUGCUUCUCACUGCAAGAAACGGUAUUCGCUAUGUUAGUGGAGAUCACAGAGCGAGCCAUGGCACACGUGGGCUCAUCACAGGUUCUCAUUGUGGGUGGUGUUGGCUGCAAUGAAAGGUUGCAGGAAAUGAUGGGACACAUGGCGCGUGAGCGAGGAGGGUCUGUGUACGCGACUGACGAGAGAUUCUGCAUUGAUAAUGGAAUCAUGAUUGCGCAUGCUGGACUGUUAGCGUAUGAGACGGGGUUCAGAACGUCUUUGGAGGAGAGUACAUGUACGCAGCGGUUCAGAACUGAUGAAGUGUUUAUUAAAUGGAGAGCUUGA